AUAUCAUUCUUUAGAAGUUCACGCUCCACCUCGGAGGGAGGCUGUGCCUCAUCCGUUUCCAAGGCCCCAAAUCCCGGGUCAGUUACUGUGGUGUAGGCACUGAAGAUGCUACCAGCAAGCAAAGCCACACUCAGUGCUGUGUAGGUCUGCAGGCUGGGCCAAGGAAACCUCUCCAAAAACAGCAGAGGCAUUGCAAUCGCAAGCUACGAGUCCACUUCUCAGCUUGUUAAAAUGGUGUCAGUCCAGCAACCUGUGAAGGCAGUAGGGACGUUAGCCCAACUUUACGGGACAAAGAACACCACAGUCAGCACAUCGCCUUGCAGCAUGAACAACACAUACCAGCUGUCUUCUCAAGAGGAAAUGGCCCCUUCAGAGUUUGAUGGUGGGACAGUGGUGGCAUGUGUGAUCCUUGGUUUGUCCUUCCUGGCCGGAGCUCCUGGGAACCUGCUGGUGAUCUGGACCAUCCUGAGACAUGUUAAAAAGCGCUCCCACACAGUGGUGAUUAUUCUACACCUGGCUGUUGCGGACCUGCUUGUCCUCAUCACCCUGCCUCUGUGGAUCUACUCUCUGGCCCACUCCUGGAUAUUUGGGGAGGUAUCUUGCAAAGCAAUGGUGUUCAUGAUCAACACGUGUAUGUACAGCAGCGUUUUUCUCAUCACCCUCAUGAGCGUGGAGCGUUUUGUGGCUGUGCGAUAUCCAUUUGCUUCAGCUCACUGGAAGAGGAAACAAGCUCUGAAUAAAGUACUGCUGGUUCUGUGGACUGCAGCACUCUUGUUCAGCAUACCUGUCAUCCCAACUCAGAUUGUUGACAACGAUUCUGGUGAGGAUCACUGCCUGUACCGUGAAUAUACUUCUGUGACCCAGGAACUGGUGUGUCUCUUGUUAGAGACACUGGUUGGCUACAUAAUACCCUUCUCCAUCCUUGUGGUCUGCUACGGCUGCCUGUGCAGCCGGAUUACUCGGAUGACUCUCAAAUCCAAACGCAAGUCCACCAUCCUGAUCGCCAGUGUCGUGGUUGCAUUUGGCAUUUGCUGGACACCUCAUCACAUAGGAAAUAUCCUCUCGCUGAUCAUCCUGGCAACUGAAAACUCCUACAAGGAUGUAGCAGAACAUUUGGAAAAUGUGAGGGCCACUAUGGCUUUUGUUACUGGAGCCAUGGUCUUUAUCAGCAGCACAAUUAACCCCAUCCUCUACAUGUUUGCAGCUCGCUCCUUCAGGAGCUCCCUCCGUGACACAGGCAUCCAGAAGCUCUUCCGCCACAUCUCGAGCACCUCCCCAGGUGAGGGCAACAGGGAGGUGUCCUAUGUGUCCAAGAGACCCAGCAAUCAGACCAGCACCUCUCAUGUGCUAUCUGAGUCAAAAGAUCAAAUAGGUGUGUUGAUGACAAUGUGUGAAAACAAUCCAUCUGGGCAGUAAAAUUGUACAAUGUCUGUUUGCCCUGUGUAGAUACUCCUGUGUACUCAGUAUUCUUUUUCUGAAUAAAAUAAAUGUUGAUGUUUAUUUGUAUGAAAUUGCAAUAAAAAAAAUAACAAGUAUAUCUGUGCUACACUUCCCUAACUUAAUAAAUUACCAAUUUUGCAUGUUUGUAUUGUGAAUAUAUUUAUAGAAAUGUUAUAAGUUAUGUACUAAAUGUCCAUAAUGACAUGUGCCAAAUAACCAAUAAAAAAUUCUAUAUGUAAA